CCGCAAUCGUGCAGUGGCCCUGGGGCCUGGGACCGGCAAGCCGUUGCACACGACGCUCGCCGGCUGUUAUCGUCAGCAACGGAGACUAGGUUGCACACAUGGUACACGACGGGCAAAGUUGUACUAAAGUUGUAGGCAUCGCGGGGUCUCUCAGGUGUACUACAGUACAUCCAAACCAUGGCUGGUGUUGCGAGCCUUCUCAGUCGUCUUCGAAAGCUCAACAAUCCGCCGGAAGUGCCCGCCAAGCUACCAAAUGCGCUGCGCUUCGGAAUACUGGGUGCCGCAAGGAUUGCGCCGAAUGCUCUCAUCGUUCCAGCAGCUAGCCAUGCCGACGUAGUGGUCACAGCUGUGGCAUCUAGGGACCAGGCGAAGGCUAGCGCGUACGCAAAGAAGCACAAGAUACCAACGGUCUAUCACGGAAGCGAUUGUUAUCAACAAUUACUUGACGAUCCGAAUGUCGAUGCGGUGUACAAUCCGCUACCGAAUGGUCUCCAUUAUGAGUGGACUGUGAAAGCGCUCAAUGCGGGCAAACAUGUCCUCGUUGAAAAGCCCGUUGCUGACACGAGUGCUGAGGCCCAGCAAAUGAUCGACCUCGCGGACAAGAAAGAUCUCGUGUUGCUCGAAGCUAUUCACUGGACCUUCCAUCCAGCUUCUCAACGCGUGAAGGAGAUCAUUGAGAGCAGAGAGCUUGGCGAACUCAAGAACAUCAAAGCUGACUUCGCUCUUCCCACGCUCCCUCACGGGCUGGUGCUCUUGGAGGAUGACGUUCGAUUCCAGUAUGAUCUGGGUGGCGGGGUCACUAUGGACAUGGGUGUCUAUCCUCUCUCAGCAAUCCGGUUCUUCUCCUCUAGCGAUCUUGCGAAAGUGGAGAGUGCCAAGGCGAUUGGACACGAACGCGACCCCGCAAGGAUUGACCGCGCAAUGCAGACUCAUCUCGUCCUGCAAUCAUCCGUCGAAGCAGACGUGUUCGUCGACUAUGCCAUGCCGGGAUGGGGCCCGUUCCACAUUAUCCCGCGAAUGGUGAAAUGUAACAUUCAUCUCGAACUUGAGGGCGGCACCAUCGACUUCUUCAACUUCGUGAUGCCUACGUUAUACCACAGCAUCACUGUCAAGCCGACCGGGAAGAAGGCGCGCGUCGAGAAGGUUUACGAGUAUAAGGAUGGCCUAGGGAAGGAGUGGUGGUCGACGUACCGGUAUCAGCUCGAAGCCUUUGUGGACAAGGUGCGCGGUCGCACUCCGAAGACGUGGUCUACGCACGACGACCCUGUCAAGCAGAUGCAGUGGGUGGAAAGCGUCUAUGCCGCUGCGGAGAUGCCCGCCAGGCCCACGUCAACGUACUUCCGCUCUUCUAUCUGAACAGGCUCGAUCCUCUCACCAGUUUCCCACCGCGACAUGACUCCUAGGGAGACUGUUUUCGUGUUGCCUGUAUGAACGUCCCCUGUUGCAAAGUCAUUGUACACAUUUUCGAUGUCGCCGUACCAGUACCGCGUAUCUUUGGGGUCAACCUAACCCCUAAGUAGGUGUUAAGACGCGCCUUGUAUGCAUCGACUCGUCGAUUGUGACCUGACCUGGGUGAUGACCGCUAUCAGGACCUCAUACGCUCUAGGUUCAUACAAGUGUCUGAUGCUGUUCCCGCUUCCACCUCUUAGUACCCCCUUGUUUCUUGUAAGACAUGAACCAAGAUAUAUCAUGAGGAUUCCCG